UUUUGUUUUUUUUUUCGAAAAAUUUCCAUCCAAUACUCAACAGAAGUUGUACGGAAUCUUGCUACUUCUCCAAGUGUUUCGAACAGUUUUUCCUUCGCGGCGAUACGACAGACAGAGCUCGUACAAAUUUGAGACUGGCUCCUAUCGAUUAUCAGCACGGUGAUAAGGUAAACUCUAAUUGGCUACCGGCAACCGGGAGAUACGAUCGUGGAAACAGAAGCACUUUCGAUUGCAUCUGUGAGCCGCGAGGAUUUACUUAGCUCUGUGCCGUUGAUCGAUAAAUCAUAUCGCAUGACGGUAACCAAGAUUUUAACAAAUGAGAAUAACAGAAACGGUCGAAAUCGUUAUCUACCGCUACAUUGCCAGUGUUCAUUCAGAGAGAUAAAAUAAGAUAGGCGGAGGAGAUCGAUAUAAUAAAGGAUCUUUCGAAUCGAAAAUCGAGGAGGAGAGAGAAAGAGAGAGAAAGAGAGAAAGAGAGAGGGUGGAAGGAAGGAUCUUUAUUCGAUGUGUUCUAGGAUGUGAAUUGAGAAUCGUUUUUUAAAGAAAAAACAGAAAAACUGUCAAAGAUUUUUUCAUUCUGGAAUUCUGAAAAUCAAGGAUCGAAGACAUACACAUACAACAUGGAGAAAAAUGAAAAAGAGGAACAAGGCAAUCCUAUGAAAGAGUUCAAUAGCAGAACGAAAAUAGCCACCAUUGAAAUUGAAGGAUACAACGAGAAGGAUGAAUUAUACAAUCCCUUCGAAAAUCGUGACAAGAAAAAUUCCAAUUCAGAUUUUGGUGCUCUGGCUCAUCUAUUAAAAUCAUCCCUCGGUACCGGAAUCCUCGCCAUGCCGAAUGCGAUCAAAAAUGGCGGGGUGAUAUUCGGCGGAAUAGGGACGAUAAUAAUCGGUUUAAUAUGCGCGCAUUGUGUCCACAUAUUGGUUCGCUCGUCCCAUAUUCUGUGCAAACGUACGAAAACACCUCAGAUGACGUAUGCCGAGACAGCGGAAGCUGCGUUCCUUUGCGGUCCAAAAACCGUCAGGCCUUUCGCUAAUUUCAGUCGAAUGUUCGUAAAUGCUGCAUUGUGCGCGACAUACAUAGGCGGUGCUUGCGUAUACGUGGUUUUCGUAUCGACCUCGAUUAAACAGCUGGUGGACUUCCACACCGGUAUGGCCAUACCGAUACGAUUGUACAUACUCACACUGAUACCCGCGGUGUUAUUGCUGGGGCAAGUGCGAAAUUUGAAGUUCAUGGUGCCGUUCUCUAUCGUGGCCAACCUUUCCAUGAUGACCGGUUUCGCGUUGACUCUGUAUUAUAUCUUCAACGACAUCAAAAUACCAUCGCAUGUGAAGCCAAUCGCCUCGAUCGAACAAUUGCCUUCGUUCUUCGCUACCGUACUAUUUGCCAUCGAGGGUAUCGGUGUUGUGAUGCCUGUCGAAAAUAGUAUGAAGAAUCCUCACCACUUCCUUGGUUGUCCAAGUGUUCUUAAUAUAACAAUGACUAUAGUGGUAUCUUUGUACACUGUAUUAGGCGUGUUCGGAUAUUUGAAGUACAUGGAAGAUAUCAAGGGGAGUAUCACGCUAAAUAUACCAACAGAGGAUAUAUUGGGACAAGUGGUAAAAUUGCUCAUAGCAUUGGCAGUUUUGUUCACAUACGGAUUACAACUUUUCGUCCCGAUGGAUAUCAUGUGGAGAGCUGUGAAAGAGAAAUGUAGUCACAAGUAUCAAGGCCUGUGCCACACAGUAAUGAGAAUAUGCAUAAGUAUAUUUACAAUUUGUGUGGCAUUACUUGUUCCUGAACUCGAGCCAUUCAUCUCUUUGGUCGGUUCGAUAUUUUUCUCGAUACUCGGCAUCACGAUUCCAGCCAUCGUUGAAACAAUUUCUUGUUGGGACGGCCAUCUUGGCAGAGGCAAAUGGAGAUUUUGGAAAAACAGUACGCUUGUGAUAUUCUCUCUGUUGGCGUUAAUAUUCGGUUCCUGGAUCUCUAUUUCAGAUAUAAUCAAAUUAUAUAAAUAAGUUUAUUUAUAAUGUAUUCGCGUACGUGGAAAAAAA